AUGGCAUUGCAAGCCCUAGAGAAGCGCAAAAAGCACAACAAUGAUGACGAACAAGAUGGAACGGAUCAAGAUGCUAACACUGGAGGUGAUACUACCACUACAGACGAUGGCGACAAUGGUAGCGAUGGCGACAAUGGUAGCGAUGGCACUACUACUGAAGAUGGCUCGUAUGGUGAUGUAGCAACAUCUGACGCUGAAAGUGAUGACACAUCUGUUAGUACGGAUCCAUACAAUGCCACAGAUGUGGGUGAUCCUGAUGCUGAUACAACUUCCUUUGUAUACGGUGACGGUGAUCAAACCACCACUGAUAACGAAGAUGAUGGCGAUGCUACUACAACAAGCAUGAGUACAACAACAACAACAGCGGAUUCCUACUAUUCAACUUUGGCUACAUUAACAGUUGACGCUGCUGGUGAAACCACUAUUUCCACAACAGAUGCAGGGUAUCCGACAACUAGUACUAGUACUACUAUUUCUACUACAUCAGAUGGUUUGGAAACUACAACUACUGCAACUUUAUCAUCAGAGACAACCUAUUCUACUCACACACCAACCGCCACUACAACCACAACACCAGGCCCAUCUUCUUCCUCUUCUACAUCCGAAUCUACAGCCAGCACUGAAGCAACACCAUCUCUGUGGAUCACUUACUCUUCAUCUACUGACCUAUCAUCCUCAACUAUCACUGCAACAGAAGUGCAUACUUCUACAAAUGCUCCGCUCCUACCAACCUCAACAAGCAUUUGGCCAUCCAGUACAAUAGACAUUAUGAGCACCUCCUCUGCCCUCAUGCCUACUGCAUCUUCUGCUUUAGAUCAAGGCGAGCAAGGAAGUGAAUCAUCACAGGGUGAUGGCCUCAGUCAAACGAGCAAAGCUAUCAUUGGUGGGUGUGUUGGUGGUAUUGGAGGUGCCAUUGUGCUGGGAAUGAUUGCAUUUUGGUGGAUUGCUCGCUGUAAGAGACAUCGCCGUGAAAUAGACAUGGAAAGUUACCGUCCAGAAUCAGAUUACAGCGGUUUAAGUGUCAACUCUCAACCACCUCAUUCGCAUGAACCUUAUCAUGACCAUGAUUCCUCAUCCAACUUUAAUUCAAGCACGCCCAAUAUGAGUGCUGAUCAAAUGGUCCAAACUCGCUACUAA